AUGGAUGAACUGCCUAGUGAUAUAAAGUUGCAAAUUGCAAGGAAGGCAACUGGAGAGGUGUGGCAAAUCGAAGAACUGUUGAAAACAAUUCGAAUCGAGGUCGAAGCGAGGGAGGCAAGCGAUGCGAGUAAGAUCCACAAGGACAAUUCGGGCGUUCACAGCCACAGGGCUCCAAAACCUCCAGGUACAACAAAUUCGUUAGUAGCUAACGAAAGUAAGAUUCGUUGUGUUUAUUGUAACGGGGAGCACUACUCAGCGUCGUGCGAGAGCGUUGUUAAUGCUAAAGAACGAAAGGAUAUUUUGAGAAAGUCAGGUAGGUGUUUUGUUUGUCUGAAAACAAAUCACAUGUCGAGAAACUGUAACUCACCAAGGAACUGUAGACAUUGUAACAAUAAACACCAUCAAUCAAUAUGUGAAAGGGUGCACAGUCCUGGUGCAAAAUCCGAGGAAAGGGUCAAGCAGGACAAUGAUUCGAACAAUGGGGCUGCAGGGCUUGUCAAUGUAACAACAACAAGCACAACACAUAAAUGUACAAACAGGCGAACAGUCCUUUUGCAAACUGCCCGAGCAGUUGCUUUUAAUGAGAAAACUAAUCAGUCUACCUCUGUUCGAGUGCUCUUUGAUAAUGGUAGCCAGAGAAGUUAUGUGACAGACAAUGUGCGAUCGCGAUUGGGUCUUAAGGCCACUGAGAAAGAGAAACUAAAGCUCAACACGUUGAAGAAACCUGGUGCUGAUGAGUCGAUUAGUAUUGAUGCUUUAAGUUAUCCCGUUAUAUGUUCACCUUUGCCAUCAAAGAUUGAUGUUGACCUACCACAUUUAGCAGGCUUGGAACUAGCCGAUGAUUGGGAGGAUCCAAGAGGCUCAAUUGACAUAUUGAUUGGAUCAGACUAUUAUUGGUCGGUUGUGACUGGGGAAGUAGUUCAAGGAUCUGAUGGUUGUGGUCCGGCAGCCGUUACUAGCAAAUUGGGUUGGUUGCUAUCUGGUCCGGUAGACAGCACUGUAGGCAUCAGUGCCACCCACUCGAAUUUGAUUGUUUCAUCAAAGUCGGAAGUGAUUCAAGACAGUUGUAAGGAUGAUGAGUUGACAACCACCUUAAGGAAGUUUUGGGACACUGAAACAAUCGGGAUUCACGAAGUACAAGAUGAGGGUGAAUCGAAGCUUUUUAUGACGGAUGUGAAGUACAAUGGAACACAGUACGAAGUCGGUUUGCCUUGGGGAGAAGAUCGUCCUGGAAGACAUUAUGAUCUAUGCUUUCACCGAUUGAAAGCAUUACACUACAAUUUCAUUCCAAAUGUUUUUGAUGAUCGGAAUCCGAUCGAUUCGACUAAUCCUGAGAUCAAGGAAGGGGAUAUUGUACUACUCAAGUCAGAUUCGACAGCGCGAAAUUUUUGGCAAUUGGCAAAAAUCGAAGAGCUUAUUGUCAGUCGAGAUGGAAAGGUCAGAGCGGCUAUGGUCGUUACCAUCAACAAUCAGGGUAAACCCUCACGAUUACGGAGAGUGGUACAGCAUCUAAUCCCCCUAAAAAUGCAAGCAAAUGUGCAAGAUUAUCGAAAGGACACAGUUGUUGUCGAAGCAAGUUCGCAAUUACGUCGAGCAGCGGCUGUGGCAGGGGAACUACAGCGAAGAAAGAACUAUUAA